AGAAGCGAGCCAGAAAUGGCGCACCGUCAUCACCAUUCGUUUGUGCUGCUUUGUUCUCUCUGUGUGUUCCUUCCCUCGACUCUCGCCCAGACCGCCGAGUUCAACUUGCCCCUCAAGGCUGUGAACCUCGGAAAUUGGCUCGUCACCGAGGGGUGGAUGAUGCCUUCUCGGUUCGAUGGACUCAAUGGGCAGCUCUUGGAUGGGACUCAAGUGCAGUUCAAGUCGACGAAGCUAAGGAAGUUCCUGUCCGCUGAAAAUGGCGGCGGAGCCACCAUCGUUGCCAAUCGAGACCAGGCCUCUACCUGGGAAACUUUCAGGGUGUGGAGGAUUUCCGACAAAAAAUUCAACCUCAGAGUUUUCAACGAGCAAUUUGUCGGAUUGCAAGGCCAAGGAACAACGGUUGUUGCAGUUUCUGGUAACCCGAGUACCUCGGAGACUUUUGACAUUAUCAGGAAUCCGAACAAUCCCAAUCAAGUUCGAUUUCAAGCAUCUAAUGGGAUGUUUCUCCAGGUAAAGUCGCUGACGGAAGUGACAGCAGAUUAUAGUGGAGGCUCGAGUUGGGAUGAUACUGACCCGUCGGUCUUUGAAAUGAACGUUGUCGGCGGUUUACAAGGUGAAUACCAAAUAACAAAUGGAUAUGGCCCAAGUACUGCCCCAAAACUCCUACGGGAUCAUUGGAACAAUUACAUUACCGAGCAGGACUUCGAAUUUAUGGUGGCCAAUGGUCUAACUGCCGUUAGGAUUCCGGUAGGAUGGUGGAUUGCGUAUGAUCCGGCACCGCCAAUGCCUUUCGUGGGAGGCUCACUGAAUGCACUGGACAAUGCUUUUACGUGGGCAGAGAAACAUGGUAUGAAGGUAAUAGUUGAUCUCCAUGCUGCUCCAGGAUCUCAAAACGGCGCAGAACACAGCGCUUCAAGAGAUGGAUAUCUGGAAUGGGGUGACUCUUACAUUCAGGACACUGUGAAAGUUAUAGAGUUCCUAGCAGCAAGAUAUGGUAGCCAUCCGGCAUUGGUCGCGAUCGAGCUGAUGAACGAGCCUCUAGCUCCGGGUAUCAAGUUAGAGGAUCUUAUUAAAUACUAUCGGUUAGGUUACGAGGCCGUGAGGAGGCACACUCCGGAUGCUUAUGUCAUUUUGUCCAACCGGAUAGGACCAGCCGACCCGCAAGAGCUCCUUGAGUUUGCGGGGGGCUUGAGCCGAGUAGUCAUUGACGUGCAUUACUACAACCUCUUUGAUCCGAAGUUUAAACAGUGGAAUCUGCAGCAGAACAUUGACUACAUCUAUAACGAUAGAGCUUCCGAUCUGAGCAAAGUAACCCCAGCAAACGGCCCCUUGAGCUUUGUUGGGGAAUGGACCUCGGCAUUGGACUUUGACGGUGCAACAAAGGAGGAUUCGGGAAAGUUUGCCAAGGCUCAGCAAGACGUGUACGGGCGCGCCACUUUUGGGUGGGCGUAUUGGUCUUAUAGGUGCAAGUACGAUACCUGGAAUCUCAAACGGAUGAUUCAAGACGGUCUCAUAAAGAUCUAGCUUGAUUCCUCAUCCUUAUCAAGCGGGUCAUCAUCAUGAAUACUGAGAACAGAUUGGUAAUCUGUUUACGGAUUUCAUGUACUAUCAAAAGUUGCCUUUCUGGCGACAUUAGUUGAAUUAAAUAGGAUUGAACUCGA